AACUGGAUUAUGAUAGGUCAAUAUGUUCCAUUCCAACCAAUCAACUAAAUCGUUGCAGCGAACGUCUGGGGCAACUACAGCGGCCAUUUUCAAACAAAUAUUUUCAUCAGAGGUAUUCAAGAUCAGACAAGAUAAUUUUUACCUCUUCCCAACUGACGCAGUUUUUGGCUGAAACACGAUAGGAAGCUGUUUUCUCAUGUCCAGGAUUUUUGAAAAGAUUUAUAAGUGAUACAAUGAAUCUGUGACUGUUGGAUGGUGACACAACAUGGAAAACUUUGUUCUGUAUGAAGAGCUGGGGAGGGGAGACCACUCUAUCAUAUAUAAAGGCCGACGUAAAGGAACAAUCAAUUUUGUGGCAAUCCACUGCAUUGAAAAAUGCAAACGACCAGAAGUCACCAAUACGGUGCGGAUGACCCAUGACAUACAGAAUCCCAAUGUGGUAAAGUUCCACGAGUGGUACGAGACCAGUAACCACCUGUGGCUCGUCGUGGAGCUGUGUACGGGAGGAAGUCUCGAGGUCCUCAUCAACCAGGACAAGAAUCUGCCUGAGAGCUCUGUCCGCACUUUCGGUAUCGACCUCGUCACCGGACUCCAUUAUAUACAUUCUCUUGGGAUCCUCUUUUGUGAUCUCCGACCAUCAAAGGUUCUCCUUGAUGGGAAGGGAAUUCUGAAGUUUGCGGACUUUGGUCUGUCCAAAGUUGAAGGAGAAAAUUUGGACGAGUUAUUCCAGAAGUUCUCGGAGGCUGGAGAGCAGUGGAGUGCUGAGCUCGGGGAUGACCUGGCCUCUAUGAAGAAGUAUAAAACUUCAGGUUCAACUACCUAUAGCUCGCCUGAGGUCUUACAGGGUGGAGAAGUGACCAUCCUCAGUGACCUGUGGUCACUUGGCUGUGUUCUAUAUGAAAUUUUCACUGGACAUCCACCAUUUCUGGCGGAGUCAAUACAACAGCUGAAAGAGAAAAUCAUUCACAAGGCAUUGACCCCACCAAAGGUCAAAGGUACAAGGUUUUCCUCCAUGCCCUCACCUGAUUUCCUCAGUCUGUUAGAAGGACUUCUCCACAAGGACCCAGAACAAAGAUUAGGAUGGCCAGGUUUGGUGAAUCAUUCCUUCUGGCAGGACCAGUUAAGUCACCUCGCCAAGGACCUGGUGUUAUCGCAGGAUGUCCACAGCAGCAUAGCCUCCACGUCACGCAGUAGCGUCUUCGUGGACGGCACCGCAUCUGCCCUCGGCAAGAUCAAGACCAUGGACUUGGGGAAGAGUACAGACAGACCCAUGUGUACUCUGGAUGUCCCCGACACCAUGCUCCGACCAGGGUCAACUUUGGGAGAUUAUAUGCGGCCAAAAACAGCUCCAGGCAGCGAUGGAGGGGCUACUCUCUUUACUCUGAGUACCCGCCCACUCACUGCAACCCCCGAUGAUAGGGUAGGCUCCCCUCACAAGGCUACACAAUCCCCUCUGUCGACAAGGGAGGUUAUCGGGGCCACAGUCACGACAGGUGAUCAGAGCCAGGCUGAGGAAACAAGGAAUGAAGUACUAGAACUUGUUUUCCAUCCCAGCGACUUUCAGGUUACACCAAUCAUGGACAAUUCAAAGAUUCAGAAGCCACCUUCUUCGAAAUUUGAUCCUAAAAUCCUCCCCGUCCCGCCCUACUCAGCGGAAAAGAUAAAUGCCAUGUCUGAGAAAGAUUUACAUAAACAUGUGAAGAGCGUCAUGGACAACCUUUGUAACACAGAGAAAGGUCCGCCCUCGCAGAAACGCAUCCACCUUCUGCACUACCUGGUCAGCGUCGUCACCAACACUUCCGUCGCCACGCUAAUGGUCAAGCAGAAUGCAUUGACCGUUCUGGCCAAAGUUGUCAAAGAGACGCAGCAUCUAGAAGUUAAAACCAAGGCUGCCCGUGUGAUUGGUCUGCUGGCUGUUAACACGGCAGGGCUGGACGAGGCUACCAACGUUUCUGAGACUUUGACCAUCCUAACUGAGGUGAUUCGCGAAAAUGUGAAGAACGGUAAACUGAAGCAGGGUGUACUGCCGGCCGUGGGAGAGGUGUUGUACAUGGUGGCUGUUCAGGAACAGAGCCGUCUCCAGCCAGUGGAGGCGUGGACCGUGCCCUCCAUGACCUUCACGGUCAUUGCACGCUGUUGUAGGGAAGGGGAGGAUGUGAUAGUGAACCAUGUGGCCGCCAAAAUAGUGGAGAAUGUGGUGACAACACGAGGGCAACACACACAGAAAUUCGUAAACAAUGAGAUGGCCCAGUCCCUGUGGUAUAUCUUCAAACAUUCCACGGUGGAUUCCUUGCGGAUCACCGCUUUGUCGGCGCUGUGUCGGUUGACCAGACAGAACCAGCAGGUGUUCCAGAGUGUGAUAGACACAGUGGGUCUAACCACGAUUAUGUCCGCCCUCUCCUUCGGGGUCACACGCAUACAGCAGGCCAUCGUGACCAUGUUUGGGGCCUUAAUAUCAUCAGGAACUCACCUAAACAGACUGAUACAGGACAAGGACUUCCUCCAGAGGCUGAUCCGACUCCUGGACAGUCCGUCAACGGUGAUUCGGGCCAAAGCGUUUGUGGUCCUACAUGAAGUGGUCAAGAGUAGCCACGACAUGCUGCUACAGAGCUGUCAGAUGAGACUUGUGAUGUACAUUGAGCGAGAUAGUCGCAGACAGACGCCUCGUGACGGUAAACCUGAGGGUAACGAGUUCGGCGAGUACCUCACCAAGUGUCUAGAUCUACUGAUCACACACAUAGUGGAUGGUGUCCCCAAAGUCUUCAAGGAAAUCCUGUCACCAUUGGAGGCCAUUGCGGGGAGAAAACAUCCGAAUACUGUACAGGCCAAACAGCUGAAGACAAGUCUACCUUACAUACAUAUAUUCCUACAUCUCGUCACCAGUCAGGUGUUCCGGCCGCGUAUUGUUAACGAAGCGUUCAUAAGAAACCUGUCCACGUUACUGUCUCACGUUCGUAGCAUAGAGAUGGGCGACACUAAUAUUGAGUCUGCUAGUGACAAACUAAAAGGGUCCAUCGCUCCAGGCGAGUUUGUCAACACGGCCAUGUCUGUACUCGAGGGAAUUUCUCAGCAUCCGGCCAUACUGACCGAACAUGAUGGGGUCAUCAUAGAGACCGUACUGCCCAUCCUUGCUACCCUGGUGGAAAGUCAAAACGGAGACACCAGAGCGCUGUCCCUGCGUCUUAUCUCCGACAUGGCCACAGUGUACCUGAGCCAGGAACAAUAUGAAAGCGAGGCCAAGAUCAACAUUACACAUCUUCACAAAACUGUCAGUGACAUCCUCCUUCCUAAGUUUGAGUACAUCCUACUGGACCAGGAACCGUUGCCUAGUUACGGGAUGAAGCUUCUGCUAGCCCUGCUGGAGCACAGCGGAACCUUCAUCAAACAGUUUGAACAGCUUGGGCUUGUCUCUGUUAUAUUCCAAGUUCUUCUGGACCACCAGAGUAGUCCCCUGAGCAGUGCGGUACAGAGUAUAGCGGGUAUACUGAAUUGUCUGGUCAGUCACCGAGAGACCAACAUGAGGGACCUUUAUGACCAGGGCCUGAUAGACUAUUUCUCGACACUGUUCUUUGAGGUGUCGGCGGCGUGUUUUGAGGGAGACGAGAGGGGAGGGGACAGUAAAGCCACCUACACCAUGUUACAGGUGCUCCUCGAUACCCUCAACAGUAUGCUCAAGUAUGUCUCCGAAAUCGUGAGGAAAGCCCUGCAGACGAAGAAGGCGGGGAUGGAUGGAGGAACACGAGAUGCUGAGGAUGCGGAGCAGUUACUUCUCAUUAACAAAUCUCUGACAGAUGUUACGAAUGUCCUUACUCAACUGCUGUAUUGUGACGACUCCGACGUCCAGGAUCUGGCCACCAAGUGUCUGUCUCUCCUGGUCCAGCUGUUUGGAGGCGAAAACAAGGAUGCCAUGUCCUUGGAAAACAUGGACUGUUACAGCAGGGCAUUGCAGAAAUCUGAUGCUAAAAGACAAAAAGUUCUUCUUCGAAUCAUUAAACGCCUGCUGAGCACUGAAAAAGCACAUGUGGAUCUGAUGAAACAACAUGGCGAGGACUUGGCCAUGACAAUACGUAAUCUUGUACAGACAGGGAAUUCACACGCCGAUGUUGCUUUGACUUCUCUUGCGGCUGAUAUUUUGAAAUUAACGGAUUUCCAUCGGUAACCAGAAGGGAAACAAACACCACGGUUGUGAUCUGAAAUUUCCAUUCCAUUUUAAAUGUGACAUUGACGGCUCUGGACAGAGGUCAUUUGUGGACAGCGAUCUGGACAAAGGUCGUUUGUGGACAACGAUCUGGACAAAGGUCGUUUGUGGACAAGGAUCUGAACAAAGGUCGUUUGUGGACAAUGAUCUGGACAAAGGUUGUUUGUGGACAACGAUCUGGACAAAGGUAGUUUGUGGACAACGAUCUGGACAAAGGUCGUUUGUGGAGAACGAUCUGGACAAAAGUCGUUUGUGGACAACGAUCUGGACAAAGGUCGUUUGUGCACAACGAUCUGGACAAAGGUCGUUUGUGGACAAGGAUCUGGACAAAGGUCGUUUGUGGACAACGAUCUGGACAAAGGUGGUUUGUGGACAACGAUCUGGACAAAGGUCGUUUGUGCACAACGAUCUGGACAAAGGUCGUUUGUGGAGAACGAUCUGGACAAAGGUCGUUUGUGGACAACGAUCUGGACAAAGGUUGUUUGUGGACAACGAUCUGGACAGAGGUCGUUUGUGGACAACGAUCUGGACAAAGGUUGUUUGUGGACUUCCGAUACUUACAUGCCUGUAAUUUACUAACUUAUAAUAACAAUUUUUUUCAUUGUUAAACUGGUUCAGUGUUUAAUAUGUACGUAUGGUUUAGAGAUAUGUAUGGAUGUAUGGUUCAGAGAUAUGUAUGGUUCAGAGAUAUGAAUGGUUCAGUGAUAUGUAUGGUUCAGAGAUAUGAAUGGUUCAGUGAUAUGUAUGGUUCAGAGAUGUGUAUGGUUAAGGAAAUUUUAUGUUCAGUAAUUUUAAUUUACAUGUGACUAUGGUUCAGAAAUUUCUGUGAAGGGUUUAUUUUAUUGAUGUAUAUUAUAAUUAUAAAUUUAACUAGAAACUCAUUUAAGAAUCUACAUGUAAUGUUUAUAUAUAUACUUACAGAUUGCAUUUAUUUGUCGGUUCUAGUAGGCAAGUGAGCUGAAUCGAUACGGUGGCAUGCAUCAUUCUUAAGAUUUAUCCAAACCAUGCAAUUAAAAUUACCAAGAUGGCUGCCAUGAUUAGCAAAGACAUUUCCUACCUCUUUUCCACGACAAACUAUUAGGAUUUUUCAGAAAUUGGUAUGAAUAAUGUUCUUGGCAUCAUUGACAAUUGUUGCGAUUUUCCAGGUUGAGAUACUCUUUUUGUCCUUAAUCAUCAAAUUGUACUUUGUUCUGCAGUUAGAGUGUAGCUUUAAAGAUAAUGUUGGAUGAGUGAUACAGGCCCUAUGGGCCUCUUGUUUAUGUUUUUUGUGAGAGUAUCUUGCUGAGGUACUGGAUUGUAUAGUUAUCUUAUUAAGAUUGUAGGGUACCUUUAUUUACCGACUUACCAUUCCACUGUGUCCGUCCAUUUUGCACUUUUUGUGUUCAGAAAAUGUUUACGAUCAAAGUCAAAUGGUUGUUUGUAUGUUGUAUUAAUGUGUGCACAUGGAAAAUGUGAAUAAAUUUUAUAGUAAACAAUUAAUUUUUUGUUUUAAAAUCAAUUUUCUCUUGAAAUGGUAGCUAUCAAAUUCAUGUAAUCAUUGAAAUAUAUAUAUA